GGGACGCGUACGGUGCCGGGGGAGGAGGUGUCAACUCCGGCUGCGGUCGCGGGAGCCGGCGGGGGGCGGAUCCCGAGCUCUGCACACCCGGUAGCCAGCCCGGGAGGGUCGUGAGGAGGAGGCGGCUUGGGGCUCAAGUUGGAAAAUAUUUAACUCUCAACAAAUGAAUUCCACGCUUGAACUCAGCCGCAUUCCUGUGCCACCUCCUCCUUUAGAAAACUGAUCUAAGACAGAUAACAGAAGACUAGAGAAAGAUGCUGGGGUCCGAGCGAGCUGUGGUGGAAGAGUGGCUGUCGGAGUUCAAGGCACUACCCGACACUCAGAUCACCAGUUACGCAGCGACUCUACACCGGAAGAAGCCCCUUGUCCCGGCGCUCUAUAAAGUCAUUCAGGACUCGAACAAUGAGCUCCUGGAGCCUGUCUGCCACCAACUGUUUGAGCUCUAUCGUAGCUCAGAAGUCCGGCUCAAGAGGUUCACACUGCAGUUUCUGCCCGAGCUGAUGUGGGUUUAUUUGCGACUUACAGUUAGCAGAGACAGACAGAGUAAUGGCUGCAUUGAAGCUCUUCUCCUAGGAAUUUAUAAUUUGGAAAUUGCGGACAAAGAUGGGAACAACAAAGUGCUGUCUUUCACCAUCCCCUCCUUGUCCAAGCCCUCCAUAUACCACGAACCUUCAACAAUUGGAUCCAUGGCUCUAACAGAAGGGGCCUUGUGUCAGCACGAUCUCAUCAGGGUUGUUUACAGUGACCUUCAUCCUCAGAGAGAGACCUUCACUGCGCAGAACCGGUUUGAGGUCCUGAGCUUCCUCAUGCUGUGCUAUAACUCAGCGAUUGUGUACAUGCCAGCCUCGUCCUACCAGUCCCUGUGUCAGAUGGGCUCCAGGGUUUGUGUGAGUGGGUUUCCUCGGCAGCACGAGAAGCAGUGGAAGGAAGUCUGCGGCCGGAUAGUGCUGGAUCCUGAGUUCAUGGUGCAGCUUCUCACAGGCGUGUACUAUGCCAUGUAUAAUGGACAAUGGGACCUUGGCCAGGAAGUGCUUGAUGACAUCAUUUAUAGAGCCCAGCUAGAGCUCUUUUCUCAGCCACUCUUGGUCGCCAAUGCCAUGAAAAACUCCUUACCAUUUGAUGCACCUGAUUCUUCUCAAGAAGGUCAGAAAGUCCUUAAAGUGGAAGUCACUCCGACAGUGCCGAGGAUCUCUCGGACUGCGAUUACAACAGCUUCAAUCCGGCGUCAUCGCUGGAGAAGAGAAGAUGGCUUUGACUUCUCAAACGAGGCUGACUCGAGUAUUCCCGGCUCCCCGAUCCAACACGGCUCCACUGACCUAGGGAUCAUACGUGUGCGAGAGGGGGAGGUGCGCAGGACCCCUGAGCAUGGCUCGCCGGAGCCCACCUCGGCAGCAGCCACCACAGAGGGUGCUGAGGGUCUCAAUGGCGGAGAGGACUCUCUAAACGUGAACGAUGCAGACGAGGGCUUCUCAUCCGGGGCUUCCCUCAGCAGCCAGCUACAUGGGACCAAAGCGUCGUCCUCGUCUCAGAGGGGAGGAAGCUUACGGAAAGUAGCCACUGGGCGAUCCUCCAAAGAUAAGGAAACCGAGUCUGCCGGCAAGUCCAGCGAGAGCCCUCGCGAUUCAGUAGUUCGCAGGCAGUUUGUACAGCCAGCCGAUCUUAGUUUAGAUUCAGUGGAGCUGACACCGAUGAAGAAACACCUGAGCCUGCCUGCCGGCCAGGUGGUGCCAAAAACCAAUAGCUUAAGUCUAAUUCGGACAGCCAGCGCUUCCUCGAGUAAAUCGUUUGACUAUGUAAACGGCAGUCAAGCCGGUACCAGCGUCGGGGUCGGCACUGAGGGGGUGACUAACCUGGCAGCCACAAAUGCCAAUCGAUACUCAGCCAUCAGCCUCCAGGAAGACCGGCUAGGGCAUGCUGGUGAAGGCAAAGAGCUCCUCAGCCCAGGAGCCCCCCUAACAAAGCAGUCUCGAUCCCCGAGUUUCAAUAUGCAGCUGAUAUCCCAGGUGUAGUUCUGAUGCCCCCCAUCCGCUUACCUUUCAAACGGAACAUUUCAUUGUGCAGGACCCUCCACCCCACAUUGUGAUUUAGCCUAGGCAUCUUCAUACUGUGUUUUGUAUGGAAACAGCAAUAAGGUUUUCUCUCCCCUUUCAUUUCCUCCACCUAUUCCUUGCAAAUGUGUUUGUGAAGCUGUGUAAGAUGUUUGCCUUUUCGACGCCUUCCUUUCUCCUUGGGUAACGUGCAAUCCGUCGUAGGCUGAUCGGGACUGAGGGGGUGGUAGAGGAAAUGGUGUAUGAUCCCUAUGAAGUGAUCCUUCGGCUUUUGUUUAAAAACAAAACGGGUUUGUUCACAUAAUCUAUGGAACUAUGAAGAUAACUGGAUCAUAUUUUUUUUUCUCUCUUAACCAGGAGUGCCUCAGAGAUUCUGCUAUGACUUCGGACUUCUCUGAGUCUGUGCAAUGUUCUAGUCUUGAGAAGCACGGGGAAGGCGGUAGACUACUGCGGUGUUUCAUUAAAACGAGGCUAGCUGCCCCCUUUCCUCGAUCCCAAGAUCAUAAACGUUUAGUUAUUGAGGCAUUUAGUCAGCUUGUGAGCACCUCCACCGGAGGGGAGGCUCUGAGUUGAUUGUGUAAUUAAUAAUGCACUUUCUCAAUGGCUCUGUAGUCAUCAACAACAUGUCUUCCCUCUUCCCACAAGGACUUAGGGACAUUUCUGCCCUUAAAGUUUGAACUAGCCAAUCAGAGACUCCAAGGGGCAUGUUCUAUUUCCUGGGAAUGAUUGACACUUUGGUGCUGGGGUUUCGUGGGGGGGAAGGGUGCUUUGUUUGGUUUGCGUGAGAGUGUAUGUGAGGUGAGGUUGUAACUGUUUCCUUCUCUUCCUGUGUGAGCUGAUGAUGACUGAAGUAGGAACCGUGCGUCUUCAGGUAAAGAGGGGGAUUUCUCGGUCCACUUUCUGUGACGUCAGGCUGUCGGAGAAUCCCUUUCAGCUGCUUCCCAGAUGUACCUAAAUUCAGUCAGAUAGUGGAUGAUAAAGAAGCCUAAAGUCCUGAGAUCGUAUGCUCCGAGGACAUACAUCAGGGACAGAUAACUGGUUGAAAACACUGAUGCUUCAAUGUGACACAUUUUUAUAGAACAUUUCUACCAGAGGGUACUGACUUGAUUUCUCCACAAGGACCACACUGCCUUUGUGUUUAAUGCAAUUUGUGUAUCUUCUGAUUAUCUGCAAAGUUUCUCGUUUUUAUAAAACUUUGAAAUCAUGCCAGUAAGCUCGAUGUUGAAUGUAUGUAAGUAGCAUUUGGUGACUGCUAAGAGGCUACAAAAAUGCAUUAUUGGUUCAAUUCUUUUGUUGUGAUUUGGUUGGGAAAGACUUUCUUAUAAUCUCUUCUGGGUCUCAGGCUUUGUUUGAAAAAGAAGGGAAUGUACUGGGAUUUUGAAAAUCAGUAUUGUGUCUUCAACUGCUGUCCAUCUAUCUCAAAACCAUGAGUUACACACACCCUUAUACAUGUAGACAUUUUAUGUAUUAUUGUGAAAGAAAAAUAUACUGCCUUUAUUGAAACAAGUGUUCUCUUAAUUGACAGAGUUGUUUUAUCUCUGUUUACGGUGGAAUUUGAUAAAUUAACCAGGAAAACGCCUCUCUUUUUUUUCCACACGUAAACCACCACGACUUUUGGAAGAGUCGUCUGUCUGUCUGUCCAGGGGGCCUCGUGUUAGACUAUCCCCGAUUGGAUCUGAUGGUCUACCAAAUGGAAAACUAGAGCCUCAGUGGUUACUCACAUCAUUGCCAUGAUUUAUUGGUUUUUACGAUACGAUGUGAUGUGAUGUGCGGCUGUCACAGACACAUUUCAGUCCCGCUUCUACUCAUUUCACUGGUGUUGUGUAAACUAGAAAAUUAUAAAGCAGUAGAAACUGGAGCAGUAAAUUUUUCCUAAUAUGCUAAACAGACGAGGUUUCUAGUGCAUGAAGGAAGGUGUCCGUCACGGUCCGGCAGCGCGCGUGUCGGAGGUGUCGGUCACGGUACGGCAGCACGCGUGUCGGAGGUGUCGGAGGUCAUGGUACGGCAGCGCGCGUGUCGGAGGUGUCGGAGGUCACGGUACGGCAGCACGCGUGUCGGAGGUGUCGGAGGUCACGGUACGGCAGCACGCGUGUCGGAGGUGUCGGCCACAGUACGGCAGCACACAUGUCGGAGGUGUAGGUCACGGUACGGCAGCACACAUGUGGAAGGUGUCGGCCACAGUACGGCAGCACGCAUGUCGGAGGUGUAGGUCACGGUACGGCAGCACGCACCUGGUCAUGUAAGAGGCUGGUGGGCCCAAGUGCACAUACGUUGGCAUCUAAAUCAAGCAUUUUAAUUAAAGCACAAAAGAAUACCAAAAAAUUUGAAAUCAUAGCAUAAAUAGUAAAUACAAGAAAAUAUCUUUUAAUUAGAAAUAUUAUAACUGUAAUGUUGGUUUUAAGAUAUUUUCCGAAUGUGUGGUGGCACGUGCCCUUAGUCCCAGCCCUCUGAGUUCAAGGUCACCCUGGUCUAGGGAGUGAGUUCCAGGACAGCCAGGGCUACACAGAGAAACCCUGUCAUGCAAAACCAAAAGGAAAAAAAAAUAGUUCAUCUUACGAGACUUUCAUUUAUUGCUAUGUAUAUUUUACAUAUACAUAUAUGUGACCCUGUAACAUUUGAAUCCUGUCCUUUGAGCUGUGAUUUGGUCUCAGUAAAGAAUUCCUCAUUUACACUUUAUAGCCAUGGUCUUAGGUAAUAGUUCAAAUGAAAUAAGUUUUCUAAGACUCUAACUGCUGUGCUUCCAGCAUCUGAUUUAAAAUGGUUUUUGUUCAGUUAUACAGCACCUGUUAUACGUCAGCCAGAAGUGCCCAUUCUUUAACAACCUCCCUUUGCUGCUUCCCGGCUUCCACGAAGCUUCGUCCCACUAAGAGAAAAAAAGGUCGGAGCCAUCUGCGCCAGGUCAGAUUACAGAGUUGAGCACCUGAAGGUUUGGGAGUUCUUCUGUGUGACUUUACAUUAAUGUUACUAAUAAGAAAACUAAAAUGUACAGCAGAAAGUAACUUAGAAGUAAGGCUUUAAAAUAUGAAGAUAUAUUAAGAAGCCAGGAGGUAAUAGCUGCCCUCUAAAGUCUUGUUCCUUUCCGAACACCCUCCGGUUUCCAGCUUGCUGUUCGGUGCCUUCUAGUGCAGAUCAGAAUUGCUGUGUUAGGAGAAACCCGGGGGGUGACCUAGCUGCUCUCUCUGCCAUACACACACCUUCACCGUCGGGAAACUGAGGCACACAGAGGCUGUGAAGUAAGGUCCAUAGCUAAGAAGCAGAGCCAUACUCAAACCUUGUCCCUGGUCAACAGCAUAGCCACACCCCAAUGCCUCUUGUUACCCAACUUGGUAAAUGUAUAUGCGGAUACUUUUCCGUUUCUGCAAUUCCUCAGUUUCUGGCCUAGCAGUUGGCGAACACAUUAAGGAAAGUAUUAAUUCCAGGAAAGAAUAUAAAAUAACAUAGAUGGGGAUGUAGUGCUCAAACGUAGACACCUGUGCAGCACGUCAUUCUCUUCUGAUUUAUGCCUUACGAGUUCUCUGCCACACAGCAGUUACAUGCUGCCAUGUUAUUUGUAUUUGUGGGGAUUUGUUUGUUAUAAAAUAAACCCAACGGGAUGACAUUGAUCAGUGUUGUAACGGUUUGAAAGUGAGUUUGAAUCAGCCCGUUUUCAGUCACCAAGGACACACUCUGGAGGGAAGCAAAGCAAAGAGAAACUCGAUCCCAUUCGGUCCUAAGCCGAAGAGAUGCUGUUCCUUACUGUGCUUAUAAUUCCAUGAGCAGUGGCCUCUGUCACUAAUAACAUAAACUGUAUGAAAGCAGCCCUGUGCAACCUCAGUGUCUGCAACCUGAAGUCUAAAUUCCAUUCAGUAACUUUAAGCUUCCUGGAUUUAUCAGACGCCAGGAUACUGAGAACUUCUCCAGGUUGCUUUUGUUUGCACUGUUUCGGUAAGCACCCUAAUGCAGAGGUGUGUCUUCCCCACCUUGUUUCAUGCGGUUUCUUUGGUCCAUUUUUGAGGACUUCAGUUGUUGAUAACCGACGGUCUCAUCUAAUUCACCGCGUGUUCAUAAAUAAAAAUACUAGUUUUUGUUUUUAUGGGUAGGGUAGCACACUGUAAAACACUGAGAAGGAGGAUCACUCCAUUUCUGAACUUGGAUUAUAUUAUAAAGGGGUUUCUUAACCAAAAAGCUUAGUAUUUCAAUUAUAUAUUGUUUUUCCAUUUAAAAAGAAUAGAAUGUCAUACUGGUGAUUAGAAACUGCACAGGACUCUCCGAGCGGCUUUUCUGCACUGGGGUUAUACGAUGCCAUUGGAGCAAGAGGCUCUUCUCUUUUGAGCUGAAUGCACACUGUCGUUCCAUCAGCAAGUUGGGUGAGACACUUUAUUUGAAAUAUUUUAAUUUUCUUAAAGUGGUUUGCAAGAAUAAGUGAUUUGAAACCAGCAAUUGACAGCUUAACCUCUUAAAAAUAGAGUAUUUGCCAGAUUGAAUAAACAUGAAAUACAGUGUAAAAUAAUAUUAAUAAAUCCUGAGUUAUCAGAUUGGUACAAUUUCCCAUGCUAAUGUGGUGAGACAACCUUUAGUAUCGUUUGUGCUGUGUGAAUCUAACAGAUAGCAUCACCUUGGUACUGAACUGCAGAGAACCUACUGGUCAUGGAGGAAGAACAGCCCCGCCUCCUUGUCUUACCCUGACCACACAACACAAAGUCUUGUAUUUUUGUAACAUUAGACAUUUGUCCUAUGAGAAGUAUAUACAAGACCAAAUUCAGGAUACAGUUUUGCAGAAAUGUAGGAGGACAUGAAGUGACGGGCAGAAAUGAGAGUAGCAGUUCAGAAAUGAGAGUUCCUACGUGGGUUUUGCUACUGAAGUGAAGAAGAUGGGUUCGUGAUGUUUACAGACUGAGGCAUACUCAUAUGUCUGAUAUCAUAUUACUACAUUUAAUAGGGUUUACCAAAAAAGUAGACUCAAGUAUAUCAUAAGGUAUAAAUGAGUCUGUUUUAAAAAUUGUGUACCUGGGGCGCUGGAGAGAUGGCUCAGAGGGUAAGAGCAUUGCCCGCUCUUCCAAAGAUCCUGAGUUCAAUUCCCAGCAACCACAUGGUGGCUCACAACCAUCUGUAAUGAGGUCUGGUGCCCUCUUCUGGCCUGCAGGCAUACACACAGACAGAAUAUUAUAUACAUAAUAAAUAAAUAAAUAAAUAUUUUUUAAAAAUUGUGUACCUGGAGGUAGGCUAAUAGAUCUUUGUAUUGCACCUAAUUGGAUGAUCUGUCCCCAUCCACAGAGUGGCUAUGUGGCUUGCUAUAUUCGAGUGUCACAGUUCCGUGUUGGUCUUAUCAGGAGAUGUUUUUAUGUCUACAUCAGUUACAAAAUUUACCAAAGAAAAUGCUACCAAAAUUAUUUUCAGAAUGUCUAUUAAGUAACAUAGUUCCUUUAAUGCAAUUGCUUUCUAACACCAAAGGGAACAAGUAAUACAUGAUUUGAACUGGGAGACACAAAUAUAGUAACAGAUGUACAGGAUUCUGUUUAUCCUUACAUCAGUAAGAUGUCAGUGCUCCAAUAACAGUACCAAUCAGAGAAUAACUUGUAUUCCUUAUGACAUAUUUUAUUAAAAUUAAGGAUUUGACUUGUCAGUUUUAUUAUGGAUUGUUUAGGUGAAUUAUAGGGAAACUUAUAUUAUAGGAAGGGUGCUCCUGAGUGGGCAGAGGCAUUUGUUUCUGGUGUUAUUAUUAGCUGAACUAAUGAUUGAUUCACAUUGAUUUUUGUGCAUGUCCACUCUUGCUGCUCUUUUCUUUGUAUUGAAAACAUAAUUGGCUUAAAGGAAGCUAAAACAUCUGUAAAAUACGUAGGCCAAAAAGAUCUAAAGGGUUUAAUCUGUGUAAUGAUUUCUUAAAUCAUGAAACACAGUUUUUUUGAAAAUGCUAUUCCAAACAAGUCCUUUUAUUAUAGUUAAUAAAUAUUGGACUGGGCGUGGUGGCAUACACCAGAGGCAGAAGCAGACAGUCCUCUGUGAGUUCAAGGCCAGCCUGGUACUGGUGGUGAAUUCCAGAGUAGCCAGGGCUGCGUAAUGAAAUCCUAUCUGAAUAAAAACAAACAAGAAUGUGUCGCUUCUCAGAUUGGCUUUCAGAUAAUGACCGAUAAUGGUUUGGGUUUUUAAUUAUAUUAUCUAAAUAGAAUGCAAAGAUAUGAAAGAUGCUCCACGUGAUGUUAGCAAUGUUUGAAGUCAAUGUGUUUACAUUGUAGCAAUGUUUGAAGUCAGUGCGUUUACAUUGUAUCUUUAGGUUCUUCUAAAAUUAGGCAGGCUUUAUUAAAUUCUGUUUAAAAUUGGCUAAAAGAAACCAAUUCUGUUUAAAAUUGGCUAAAAGAAACCGUCUUAGCAGUGUGAGGGUUUCAUUGCCUUGGCUGUAUGUAAUGUGACUUCCGUAACAGGCAAACAAAAUACCCUGCUUUUAUUAUUUGUUUCAUAAGAGGAUAUUUAGAUCAGCUUCUUGUUGUUGUUUUUAACUAAUGUCAAUCUGUAGCUUUGUGUAAACUUCCCCAACAUUGGUGGGAUUCUGCUGCUGAAACUACUGGACAGACAUAUAAAAAGUAUGAUCGUUCCUGACGAGUGUCCUUUCAACCUAGGACAAAAAAAAAUCUUUUUUCCCCCCAGAGCCGAAGAAAAAAAUAAACGCACAUCUAAAAUCAUAUGUAUUGGUGCAUGUGAGCCAUUAUCCUGUCUGACCGGAUAGAUUCAUGCUGUUGGUUGUUGAACUGUGAAAUGUGGUCACUGUUGAACUUGUAAAUAUCGGCCAGAGUUGAAAAAAUAUUUUAAGUUAUUGUAAAUAAAGAUGUAAAAAAUUCAGUAUCAGUCUGCGGUGCAGAAACGUAACAUCUCAGAUGUUAUUGUGUCUCUUGAGGGAUGUGUCAUGUCUCCCUUGAUGUAUCUAGCUAAAUUGAGAAUGUAAAUUUUCUUUUGUACAGUGUAAAAAUACAGCUCUAUUUGGCUUUUAAGUGGA